AGGUGUUCCAGGCACGUCCCACCGGGUGGAGGCCCAGGGGACAGCCCAUGACACGCUGAAGGGACUAUGUCUCUCGGCUGGCCUGGGAACAUCUUGGGAUUCCCCUGAAGGAGCUGGUGGAGGUGUCUGGGGAGAGGGAAGUCUGGGCGUCUCUAAUGAAUCUGAUCCCGCGACCCAGUCCCAGAUGAUGCGGAACAUAACGAGUACGAGUGUUAAGAGCAACAAUAAAACCAUAAUAAGAAGGGUUUAAUAGAAACCCAACAACCUAUGUAUCUCAUAUGAAAGUGAAGUACAACAUUUGCUUUGCUCCAUUAGAAAUCAUGAUAUCAGUCAAUACCUAAUUAGGGAGCUAAGAUAAUACUUGCCCAUACUCUUACUAAAAGAAUCAUCAGUUUAUUUUUGUCAAACUCACUGAUAAUCUCCUUUAAACAUACUAUCCAGCUAUGUCUUUCCAAUUCACUAACAGGUGUACAACGAUGAUAAAAACACAGCUAGGUAAUGAAGUAUGGUUUUAAUCAGAAGGAUGUCACAAAAUGUUAGGUUUUAAAAAGUUCACAGAAAAAAAAAAAUGCAAAUUCUCUAGUGUGUAUUUGGGUGGAUGCCAUCAAAAGAAGUACAAGGAUUGAUCUGAUCGACUGGUAUUUAAUUUGACAGAUUUUUGCACUGAGGUCAGAAGCAUUCAAGUAGAACAGGGUUCAACCUUCACAUGUUUAAAAUGAACUUUGACCUCAAUGACCUCCAUUGCUGAGGUAUGUCUGCAUGCUGAUCAUUUGCGACGGACAUAGCAGGCAGGGACGUGCACAGAUAGACAUGAGGUGGUGUGUGAUGGCCACACCUGCAGCCACACAGUUGGUAACCCCACACACAAACACUUUUUCAUUUUGAGUUUUCAUAUACACAUUCACUGCAGGAAAAAUACAUGGGUUUCUGUUUAUAUUUUCAUUUGACAAUAUUGAAAUACAUUAGUUCUAAUUGUAGCACGCACAUUUGGUUAACUUUUGUAUAUUUAAUUUUGUCAAAUAUUUAACAUUUUCUGUGUUUUCUUUACUGGUGCUGUGGGGGAGUACCUUGAACAGAAGCAUUGGACUCUGGCUGGCACACUCAAAUUCCAGAUUGACUGAUUGGGUGAUACCAUCUGGAGUUCCACCAUGGGGGAAGACCAUGGAGUCUUUAUUCUAAUUUUUGCAUGUUCUCUUUGUUUUUGUGAUUUGCUUAUUUUGUUUAGUUAUUAGUCAUUCAAGUACAUUUUUAAGCUAAUUGUGUUUAGUUAUUUUUGCCAGUUAAAUUUCUGUAUAUGUUUUCCUUCCCUUUUCUUCAGUGUGUUAGUCUGGUCUGAUCAGCCAGUAUUUAGGUCCCCUUUGUUUGUUGUGUAGGAGGUCAGUUUGUUUGUUUGAGCAGUUAGUUUGAGGUUUUGUUAUGUUUAACCCUGAUUUUUUUGUCUUGAGUUUAGCUUCUUUAUUGGACCUCUUUUAAGGGCACUGUAACAGUUAUUUGAAUUUUGUUAGUUUGGGGAAAUAAAACCCAUGUUCUUUGAAAGUUAUUACUGUGUCCUCAUGCUUGACCGGCUUGGUCCCUCACACAUGGUGUCAGGAGUGGGAUUUGCCAGUUGAGGACACAGUUUUUUUUGUUUUUGGCAGUUUUCGUAAGCCCAGUUUUUUUUUUUUUUUUGACUCUCCAUGUUUUUCUCUUUUUGACCAUGCACCGUGGAGCCAGGAAAAACAAACCAGAGACCCAACUAACAGAGGAACCAUGUGCUGGAGAAGAGGAAAUGGAGGCUGGAGCUUCGACAAUGGCAGCAGACACUGGGGGUGAAGAUGAUAAAGAACCAACACUGAGAGACCUGACUGGGAUUUUGCAGGCGUUCAUGGGCCAGCAGGAGGCACGGGAGGUAAAAUUAAACCAAGAAUGUGAGAUACAGGGACAGCGGUUUAAAGCCUUAAAACAUCAGUUUCAGCUACUACAAAUGGAAGUGCAGGCCCGCACAUCUCCACUCCCUGAACCCUCUUCAACUAAUCCAGAAACACGGGAGGAUGACUAUGAAGUUGUUCAGCGGGCCCAGGUUAUAUCUGCACCAGUCAAUAUAUCUUCAGGUCAGUCGCAAUUUUCUCUUGAGCCAAAGUUGCAGAAAUUGACAAGUGAAGAUGAUAUUGAACAUUUCCUUGUGACAUUUGAAAGAAUUGCAGCUGCCUGUAGAUGGCCAAAAGCAGACUGGGUUUUUCGGCUUAUUCCUCUCCUUACGGGUAAGGCAAGAAGUGCCUAUGUUCAUAUGGAUGUUGAUGAGACACUAAAUUAUGAUAAUGUGAAAACAGCAAUUUUGAAGAAGUACGACAUUAAUCCAGAGACCUAUAGACAAAGGUUUUGUUCCCUGUAUGUUUAUCCUGAUGAGAGCCCCAAAGAGCUGUAUGUGAGGCUAAAGGAGUUGUUUGGGAAAUGGAUUCUACCCAGAGGUGUGGAUAAAAGAGCAUGAUCCGAAAUCAGCUGCAGAAGCCUCCACCUUUGCUGAUGUGUUUGUGGCUGCUCGAAGGAAGGGCCAGACAUGGAGUAACACUUCCUUUAAAGACAAGGACACCUGCAG